ACCGGACAAGCAGUCUUCCAAAACAAGCACAGCGGGUUGUAAAGUAGCUGGUGUACUUAAAGAUAAUAAUACUCCUUUUUAUAACGAUCGUAUUCGAUUCUUGACUCGUGUCAAUUACCACAUAAAAGUCGAAAAUCCAAAAAUUUUCGAAGUGGGCUGGUCUGUAGUUUCCCAAAAAGCUAAAUUAUAA